UACACUUGAACGUUCACCUUCCCAAUAACUUUUCAUCUUCAUUGUGUUUAUUAUCACUUCCAAGUUUGCCAUGAAGAUAUUCGUGGUCUUGUUACUGGGACUUACAUUGCAAGAAGCAAUUGCUGCCUAUCAAACUAUAACACUUCCACCAAAUUUGGACCUCGACGCGAUGCUUGGUAAUGAUCGUCUUAUGAGAAAUUACAUUCAAUGUUUGAUGGAUGAAGGAAGUUGCCCUGCCGUUGUUAAGAAAGUAAAAGGCGUAAUUAUAAGCAGCCUGAAGAACGAUUGCAGAAACUGCGAUUCAGAAGUCAAAAAAAGCGCUGAAAAAAUGAUCAAAUUCUUGAUUGAAAGACGUCCGGCAGAUUGGGCAAGACUGACUGCUAAGUACGACCCGUCUGGACGAAUCACGAAGAAGUACAAGACUCUGACCCAAAAUCACAAGGGCGCCUGAUAAAAGCCAAUUUAUAAUUUAAUAAGAUAAUUUUAAUCGUUAAUUAUUAAGAAGAAAUUUAAUUUUAAUUAAUUGUAGCUGUGGUAUACAAAAUUUUUUAUUAUUCCGUUUUAAGUCAGAAGUCUUACUAAUUAAAUUUUUUUUUGUAAAUAAUGAUUAUGUGAUUAACUGAAUUUAAUGUCAAUGAUGAAAAAAAUUUUAAUUCGGCUUUCUUUUGAUUACUGGCGAUCAUUCGACGCGUCUCUUUUUCACCAACGACCCGAGCUAGAAUUAAAAUAAUUUAAAAAUAUUAAUAACGAUUUAUGUACUUGUAAUUUAUAACUGUACUAAAAAUCAAGUAACAAUAAAAUAAUCAGUAUUUCACUUACUAAAUCAGA